AUGUACGGGAGGGAUCCGUGGGGGGGUCCUCUGGAGAUCCAUGCGGAUUCGGCGACGGACGACGAGCGGAGUCGGAACAUGGACCUGGACCGGGCGGCGCUGUCGACCACCUCGCGGCAGCUGAACGAGACGCAACAGAGCUGGCUCCUGGCGGGGCCGGGGGACCAGGGGAAGAAGAAGAAGAAGUAUGUCGAUCUCGGAUGCAUUAUCGUCAGCCGCAAGCUCUUCCUCUGGACCGUCGGCACUAUCGUCGCUUGCGGCCUCCUCGCCGGUUUCAUCACCCUCAUCGUCAAGACGGUGCCGCGCCACCACCCGCCCCGCCCUCCUCCCGACAACUACACGCUCGCCCUCCACAAGGCCCUCAUGUUCUUCAAUGCCCAGCGAUGUGCGUACCCCUUCUUUUCUCCUCACUUCCUCCUACUCAUCACAAUGCGAUCUAUAUCAUGCAGCCAUGGAAGCCUUUGCGGUACCAGGAUCUGCAGGUUUUGGGGUUUUCCAUCUCUGCAUUCUCUAAAUCCUGAGGAUAUCCGGCAGUAUUCGUAUCCAUUUCUAGUGAAACAUUUCGCACCGUCCUCGGUACCAUCAUGCAGCAAUGUCUCAUAAUGUUUGUGGCCGAUCAGUUGACCCACCUACUGUUUCAUGCCCUUUUGCCGGCGUUUUGAUGUCUCUUGAAAUCGAUUCAUAGACAUCUUCCAAUGUUUCCGCUGAUUCUUCCCAACGAUCUUCAUGCACCGCCGAGGAUUCGACUGAUUUUUCUCUUUACCGGUCCAAAAAUCAGCUUUGUCACUUGGGUUGUUUCUAAAAACAUUAAAGACCUAUCUACCCCUCAUGGCACGAGCAUCGGGCUCAUUCACGAUCAUGGAGAUAUUUAGAACACCUUCAAUAAUCGUAUGAGCUAGAGACUGCGAAAAGCUGCAUUCUCUAAACUUUCUGAUACUUCCUCUGCGUAAUACGUGUGAUCUUCUGAGCAAAUAUGAUCUGGUGUUUGCAGCUGGGCCACUCCCAAAGCACAACAACGUCUCCUGGAGAGGCAACUCUGGUAUGAAGGAUGGGAUGUCGGAUGAAGGGUACCACAAGAAUCUCGUCGGCGGCUUCUAUGACGCCGGAGAUGCGAUCAAGUUCCACUUCCCCAUGUCCUUCGCCAUGACAAUGCUCAGCUGGAGCGUGAUUGAGUACAGUGCAAAGUACGAAGCAGUUGGGGAGCUGAACCACGUCAAGGAGAUCAUCAAAUGGGGAUCCGACUACAUACUGAAGACUUUCAAUUCAUCUGCAGACAACAUCGACAAAGUUGCUAGUCAGGUAAAGGAAUCAAAAGAAGGAAGACGAGAUACCCACCUGUUACUCUUCUGGCUUCAUCUUUAAUCUGAUGAGCAUGUUCCAGGUUGGUUCCGGGAACACUGCCGAUGGAAGCACGACUCCCAACGAUCACUACUGUUGGAUGAGACCCGAAGACAUUGAUUACCCACGGCCUGUGUUCGAGUGCAGCAGCUGCGCCGACCUUGCCGCUGAAAUGGCCGCAGCCUUAGCUUCCGCUUCCAUCGUCUUCAAGGACAGCGAGACAUACUCGAAGAAGCUUGUCCAUGGCGCCGAGACACUCUGGAAAUUCGCCAGGAAGCAGCAUGCCAUCUACAGCCCCCAGGGCACCGAAGCUUCUAUGUUCUACAACUCUACCAGCUUUUGGGAUGAGUACAUGUGGGGUGGAGCGUGGAUGUACUACGCCACUGGAAAUUCCUCCUACCUUUACCUUGCUACCCACCCGAAGCUCGCCAAGCACGCUGGUGCCUUUUGGGGUGGCCCAUUCUAUGGAGUCUUGAGCUGGGACAACAAGCUUGCUGGGGCUCAAGUAAGUAGAUGAACAAAUCCCCAUUCAGUUUAUUGAACAAUUCGUAGGUUAUUAAUUGACUCACUAAGCAAUUCAUUGUUUAGUGAUAUCAUUUUAAAUGCGGUAUUUAUUUUCGGAUUUAAUAUAUAUUUUGUAUUUAAAAUCGUCACCUACUGCAAACCACCACCAGUUGUCAUUGUCGUGAGGCCCUCACUGCCCAUCAUCACUGGAAUUGAAUUCCACCAACGGGAUCUCAUGCUACAGUGUCACAGGUUAAGAUCAUCAAACAUAAUUGUUGCGCUGUCCACUAAUUAUUUCCAUCUCUCAGUACAAUCAGUGCCACACGUCACCAGAUACAUUAUCUUCUGUCAAGAUUCUUUACCCAUUGCUGCUAAAUGCAUUUUUAAUUGGGAAUUAAUUUCCUUGCUAUGUAGUGCAGAAGAUGCUGGAUUUUGAUAUUUUUUAUACAAAAAACCUAGAUUAAUCCCUUUUUGUUGUAAUUCAACGUUUUCUUUUCAGCCCUGUUUAAAUUUCUUUUCUAUGUUUAGUAUUAGCAAACAAUCUCCAUGCCUUGAGCAUCCCAUCUUCUGUCCAUCUUCUGUCCAUUUUCUUGGAUUCAUCAUUGGCGAAUAUUUGAUUUUAGUUUUGAGGUUAUUUUGGUGGUUUUAUGCGGACCAUGAGAACCCAUCCUCAUAAAAAAUGUCUUUUUUUCCAUCUUCUGUGGUGAAAAAAAAGAAGAAGAACAGAUAAUCUGUCAUCCAGAGAUGAAAGUAGCUUCAUUUACAUUGAGGACGGAUAUGGAAUUAUAUAAGGUCAACAACUGUUCUCUCAUCUUUCGUUCUGUUGCAUUCAGGUUCUUCUAACCAGAUUGAGAAUGUUCCUGAGCCCUGGCUACCCAUACGAAGAGAUGCUGAAGACUUACCACAACCAGAGCAGCAUCAUCAUGUGUUCAUAUCUUCCUGUCUUUACCUCCUUCAACAGAACCAGAGGUCGGCUUCAUCUGCUUCCUUGCUCAUACUUCUUUUCUCCCAUGCCGAAGCCUCAUGGGUUUGCUUAAUGAUGUCACAGGCGGUCUGAUACAGUUGAACCAUGGAAACCCACAGCCCCUUCAGUAUGUGGUCAACGCUGCUUUUCUAGCUUCAGUGUAUAGCGAUUAUCUUGAAGCUUCGGACACACCAGGGUGGUACUGUGGUCCUGACUUCUACUCCACAAGUGUCCUGCGUGACUUCGCCAAGACUCAGGUACAGUUUCCGCCCCUGUUUCAUGGUUCUGGAAUCCGAGGCUCGAGCAUUUCCGACACCUGAUGAUGUUCUUUCAUUUCCUUCUCAGAUUGACUAUAUUUUAGGCAAAAAUCCCCAGAAAAUGAGCUAUCUUGUGGGUUUUGGGCACCAUUAUCCGAAGCAUGUUCAUCACCGUGGCGCAUCAAUUCCUAAGAACGGGGUCAAGUACGGCUGCAAGGGAGGAUGGAAAUGGAGAGACAGCCGAAAGCCAAACCCUAACAUAAUUGUUGGGGCCAUGGUGGCCGGCCCAGACAGGCAUGAUGGGUUCAGAGAUGUUCGAAGUAACUACAACUACACGGAGGCGACCCUCGCAGGGAAUGCUGGCCUGGUCGCGGCAUUGAUUUCUUUGUCUGGAGAGGCAAGUGGCAUCGACAAGAACACGAUUUUUUCAGCCGUUCCUCCAAUGUUUCCGACCCCACCUCCGCCUCCUGCGCCAUGGAAACCUUGA